AUGGCCAACGGCGGCCGUAAUAUCGGACCUUGGACUGGGCCUGAGUUUGAUUUAGAGUACGCCAAAUCUACCCCCUGGACGAUUAGCUGCGUUUUGGAGGUGGAGCUCUUUCACGACGACGGUUCCAAAGCUGGGUAUGGCUUACUACUCGUUCUGAGGCCAGAUGGGCGUCCUCGCCUAUACCGUUGCAGCCUUUCGCAUGCCUCAGGUGAGUAUUACGCUUGGUGGGCUUUCGACAGUGGUCGAUACAAACACCCAAGGCUGUUUAGGUGCAUGAAUGGGGCCGGCGACGACGACGAGGUGAAGUACAAGAAGGAUACGUUUAUUCCUAUCUACGCAUGGCGGUGCCGCAACAGCAGCACACAUACUUUCGCAUUGAAUGACAUCAGCUGGAUAUCAGCGAGCUCACGGGACGACCUCACCACAGCCAUCCACCACCAGUUGAAGGAGCUAGCGAAGGACGGUUACCAGGAGCAGGAAGAAGGCAUGAAGGAUCGCGAGGUGGUGUACACUCGGGUCAGGAAGGAUGGAUGUGCGACGAGAUGA